UGGAACACAAAAUCUUACGGUCGUGGACGCAAGCAUUGCGAGCGUUAAGUGGAACGCACCCUUACUGGCACAUCUCCUCAUUGAGGAGGCAGCCAUAAGGAAAAGAAGGAAGGAGAUAAGGACGGACUAUGAAUACGACUGUUAGUUUGAAUAUGUAGCACGUAGUGAAGAUGUCGCUCAUUUCAUAAAAUUGAGUUAUGGUGUGUGACGUUGGCUCUUCAGUAUCCGGCGAGAGAUCUGAUAUACGAAACGUUCACCUGCAACCGUUCCAACGAAAAUUUAUGGCUAUUUAAGAGAAAUCAUAACGCACAAAUUGUAUUAAUAAAAUGGUCAUGAGUCCUAGUACCAAGCAAAAGAUUUCCAUUAUUCUGGAUGUGAGUAAAGUGGUGUUCCACUGGGGUUUUAUACCUGCAGUUUUGUAUUUAGGAUUUAAAAAAGGUGCAGAUCCUGGAAUGCCACCACUUUCAUUCAUGAACUUACUGUGGCAAUAAAGCACUCAACAGCCAAAUGUUCUAAGUCCUCAUUCAGUUGAAAUGAUUGGAACUAUAUAAAAAUAUUUUCCCUGUAAACAACAUUUAAUAAAUUUCAACAUAACAAAUUAAGAAGUAAA